GUACGCUUCACUAGCGGCUGAAGCAAAGGAGGGUACGGUUGACUUCCCUAGAGACUACAACGGGCCAUUUAAAGGGAAUCUAUCACAGUCCGGACCCGGGGAAGGGUCCAUUUUGCACAAGCAAAACACAGCAACUAUCUACAAUGAAUUUCUG